CGGUGAGUGAAAGAGAAGAGGACGUGUCCCUCAUCUAGAAGGUCCAACAAAGCAAACGACAUGGAGUUGUUAGUGCCGUUUCGAUUCCCUUUCCCACGUAUUCCUGUCUGUCCUAAUAAAUCGCCCUUAAAAUAAUUUGUGUCCCCCAAACGUAAGUGUUGUGUUCCUCACCAAUUCCUUGUAGAUCUUUUUCUCUCUCAAUCCAAUCCACAACCUCUUACCUGCGAUUUUCACCCAUGGCUUCGCAGGAAAAAGGUCGGCCAUUGCCUAAAUUCGGUGAGUGGGAUGUGAACAAUCCAGCCUCAGCUGAAGGUUUUACAGUCAUAUUCAAUAAGGCUAGAGAUGAGAAGAAGACUAAUACUGCAGCGAACGUGGUAACACCACGUAGAUCUGAUCCUGUGUUCAGGAAUGAGAAUUAUAAUGAUCCUCAACGUUCUCAGAAGAAAAAAUGGUUUUGCUGCGGCUGACUCUAGGGUGCUUUAGGCGCCUAGAGGGCAUUGUGAUCCCAACAAGAAUUAGACAGGGG